GUCAUGUUACAUGUCACAAUUGUAUUACAUUAUUAUUAAAAUUUAUACAUGUAAUUAAGAUUUUAAAAAUACGAAAUAAGUCAAUGGCAAAAUGUCAAUGUAAAUCUACUGUAAAAAUGGAAGAAAACGGAUCUCAGUUUCAAAUUUUAACUAAAGCUUUUGUGUCUAAACCAGCUCCAUAUUGGGAAGGAACUGCAGCAAAAGGCGAUGAAUUUGUAACACUCAAACUAACUGAUUAUCUGGGUAAAUAUCUGGUGUUUUUCUUUUAUCCACUUGAUUUUACUUUUGUUUGUCCAACUGAAAUUCUGGCGUUUAAUAGCAAACUGGAAGACUUCAGGGAAAUAAAUACUGAGAUAGUAGCUUGUUCAGUUGAUUCUCAUUUUUCCCAUCUGGCUUGGAUGAAUACACCCAGAAUUGACGGAGGUUUAGGCAAAGUUAAUUUUCCUUUACUAUCAGAUAUGAUGCAUACAAUAUCACAGGAUUAUGGAGUAUAUUUGCAAAAUGUUGGUCAUGCUUUACGAGGACUUUUUAUAAUUGAUAGAAAAGGUAUAAUUCGACAAAUUACAAUUAAUGACGUCGCGGUAGGAAGAAAUAUCGAUGAAGUAUAUAGACUGGUACAAGCUUUUCAAUAUACAGAUGACAAUGAAAAUGUUUGCCCAGCUAAUUGGACGCCUAACGCUAAGCAUUCUAAAAAAGAAAAAAAGAAAUUCUUUGACAAAAUUGAAAAUGGAGAUAAAUAAUGUAUUAGAUGCUAUAUGUUCCUUGUUAUAAAUAAAUUUUAAAAACUAA